AAAAUGAAGACUAUCGUUAUUGCGGUAUUAACAGACGAGAUAAUCGUUUUAGGAUGCCAUACAGAUCACCAGAGGAUAACAAUAGUCCACAGCACCAAGAAGAAAACACAGCAGCAGAGCAAAAAUAUAGAUGUGACCCUGAGAGUGGAGCAUGAGGUCCAAGAAGCAGACAAGAGUUGGCCACCAGGAACGAGCUUGAAAUAACAUUAAACAUCGGUCCAUCCGCCUUCAUCUAGCUUGUAUGAUGCUUCACUUUCAGGCCGGUCCGGGCUGUCCACUAGUUUCGCAACACGUUCCUCAGCACGACCUGGUCAAAUGAAUGGGGAGAGUGGAACCAUUAUCAGUAUACAGCUUUACAGACCAGUCAGCCAAGCGACUCGACGGCCGCAACCCCCAGGUUCGUUCAUGCGCAACGCGCCCACAUAAUCUUACCUUUGCGUAAGAACAUUCGAGUCGCAGAAGCAUGAGAUAAUAUGUGGCCCCCAAUAGGUUUCAAUGCGCCUCCUGCAACAAACGUCAUCGUCGCUCCAGGAUCAGCUAAACAAAGUAAAACACAUUCAGCAAAAUGAAAAAUGUUUUGGUUCAUAUAUCGAGAUUGCGUGGAGAAGCUAGCAGAAUAAUCCUACAUUGUACUUGG